GAUUUCGGUAAUCAAUUUUUUAUUUAAAUUGUUUCGUAAAUUUCAAGUAUAUUUUUUCCUAUACAAUUUUCUAAAUUAGUUGUUAAUAAUGUCAACGAAAAAUACUAAGAAAAAAACUGGAAAAAAUGCAAAAAAAAAAAUGAAAGUUUCCCAUAAUAGUCCGGAAAAAAAAGAUGAAGCUUCUCAAAAAACUGGAAAUAUAUUAUCUCAAAUUUUAUCAGCUGAUGAUGUAUCAUCACAAGAUACAGGAAAUGUUGAUGAUAAUGCUUCAGCUUCAACAUCUUAUACUGAAACUCGUACUGGCCCUGAUUACGAUAAUAUUUUAACUUCAACACCCAAUACCGAAGGACCGUUCGUAUUGGUUAUUACAGAUGAAAUUCUCAAGUCUUCAACAUCCAAUAAUCCUACAAAAAGUAUAAAAAGUGGCAAGCCAAAAAAAAAUAGGGGUAGAUCAUUAACGCCCAUUGUUGGUAAUAAUUCAACAAGAAAUCUUAAAAAUUCUCCAACUAAACCCGAUGAUAAUUCAAACAGAAGAACUUCCACACCUAUCAAAGCACCCACACCUAUCAGAGCUUCUACACCUAUAACACCUAUGCAAAUUGAUGACAAAUAUUGUAACUUCGAAGAACGUGAAGAACGUUACCUUACAAUCGAGAAAUUCAACUAUAAUAUGAAAUUAUUAGACGAAAAAAUCACUUCAAUAUAUAAAUUGUGCCGACGUAUUAGUGAGCAACAACGAUUAGAUUCUCAAAUGAUACAGAGACUUGUGGUGGUCGAAGAGCUUUCAGAUGAAUUUUGGAACCGCGCAUAUAAAAAGGUGUCCAAAGAACUUAUUCCGAAGAUCCUAUUUCCUUCAGAUACGGAGUACUGUGAAGCUUUAGAGAAAUACCUCGCUGAACAUGCCAGUCAUUAUAUUGAAAAUCUCAGAAAAAAUACGUGGGUUUCCCUAUUCGAAUUAAAGUUAUUACCAGAAAUAAAAAACAAAUGCCGAAGCAAGCGAAAUGAUUUAGCGGCAAAUAUUCGAAAUACUAUGUUUUCUAACUUCAGUGAGCAGAAGUUAGAACGUGUAGAUAGCAGUGCGUCUUCUAAAAAGAUUGCCGAAUGGAAAAAAAGUGCAAAAACGCGAGAAGCAUAUCAAGAACUUUUUGAAAAUCAAGGUAUUCUCACGAAAAUAACCUCUUUUGUUUUCAAAUCAUACGAAGGCAGUGAGCUUCCUCCAGAACACUGGGUUUAUGUACUCGCCAUCUGCGAUAUUGUCUUAAAUCCCAGUAGCCCUGGGAUUAAAUGCAACGACAAGUUAGUUUUAAAGAGAGUUGAUUUUCUUAUGGAGUUAGCAGCGAAAGAAGAUUCAGAACAAAGUCCAGAGAUUUCGUCUAUGAUCGAAGAAUCGAGCGAUGCUGAUGAUGGUAAUAGUAGUAGUUACGAAGAAUUAUUCAAGAGUUUAGAUUCGAAAUUCUCUUAACAUUCGUCGAAUUUCUUCGUAUUACAUUAAUUUUCAGAAUUCGGAAAUUUGUAUUUGAAAUUCUUCAAUUUUUUUUGAAUAUAUUUUAUUAAAUAAAUUACAUAUUAAAUAAAUUACUAUAUAUAAAAUUGUUUGUAAUAAUUGUGAUGAUCAGUGAAAUUAAAUAUAUUUGAAUUAUUUCAAAUAUUUAUUUUUUAAAAAUCUUCGCAGAAUUUCGUUAUUUGUUUUUUUAUAAUCUUCGCAGAAUUUCAUUAUUUAUUUUUUAAAAAUUUUCGCAGAAUUUUGUUUCUUGAAAUUCUGCACAGUUUUUGAUGAAUUUUUUUUCCAAAGACUGCCGACAAGGUCGCAGAUCUGCGCAAAAAUAUCACCUGC